ACAGAGGAUUUCAUGCACAUUUGACCAACAUGAGGACUAUUCUCACGCUUAUGCUGAUGGUUGCAUUUGCUGCCCUUGCAGAGUGUCGUGAUGACAGUUCCAUAGCUAUAAAGCACAGCAAAUGGGAGGUUUUGUCACGUUCAAAAAGAAGAUGGGUUUUGUCUACAAUUGAAUUACAAGAGGAGGAUCGUGGGCCAUACCCUAAACAUCUAGCACAGAUGUUUAAUGACAAGACAGACAACACACAGAAGGGCCAUAAGUUCCGCAUAAGUGGAAUGGGUGUGACUGAGGAACCGCUGGGAGUGAUUUCCAUCGACGAGCACACGGGGAUUGUGUCUGCCCUCAAAUCAGUCGACAGAGAGAAAUACGACCUCUUCCAUAUCAAGUUUGAUAUCUUGGACAAGGUAACAGGUCGACUAUUAGACAAGGAACUAGCUUUUGAUGUGGAAAUAAAGGACAUAAAUGACAAUCCACCAAAAUUUCAGUCCGAUGUCAUGAGAGUUGGCAUAAAAGAAAACUUUCCUGAGGGUUACCUGCCAGCAUCGCUUCAUGCAUUUGACACUGAUCAGAAGAACACACCAAAUUCUGAAGCAACCAUCACUGUGCUUUCCCAAGAACCCAAAGAGCCCAAGAUUGAUGUGAAACAGGAGAAGGACUCCAACACUGCACAACUCACUUUCACAGGAUGCUUUGACUACGACAAAGCAAACCAUUACAAGAUUAUUGUUCAAGCAACAGAUCAUGGAACACCGGCGCUCUCCUCCACUGCCACUGUCUCCCUCUUUAUUGCUGACUCAAACACUCAUCCACCUGUUUUCAAGGAGAGAUCGUACCAUGGUGAAGUCCUAGAAAUGGCCAGUGAUGUAGACGUGUUAAGAGUUGCAGUGGAGGACAAAGACACACCUAAAACUCCUGCCUGGCGUGCAAAAUACUUCUUCAUUAAAGGAAACGAGGACAAUAACUACAAAAUUGAAACAGACCCUGAGACUAAUGAGGGUAUCUUACAUGUAAUAAAGGGGAAAGAUUUUGAGAAGACAACUCUUACAACACUGCAGAUUGGAGUUGAAAAUGAAGAAGCUUUAUUUCACUGUAAAGAUAAAACAACUCCACCUCCCCCUGUGGAUUCAGUCAAUAUCACAGUCAAAAUUAUUGACGUCAAUGACCCACCUGAGUUUGACAAGAAAAACGUUGAUGUGUAUCAAAAGGAAGAGGAGGAGCCGGGGAAGGUGCUGCACACUCCAAAGGUUAAAGAUGUCGACUCAGAUGUGUCUAACAUCAGGUUUAAGUUGUUGGAGGAUCCGGCUAACUGGGUGACCAUUGAUGAGAAAACAGGAAAACUGACUUCAGCGAAGAAGAUGGACAGAGAGUCACCUCAUGUUAAUGACAAUGUUUACAAAAUUGUCAUUGGUGCCAUAGAUGAUGGUGAACCUCAGGCCACAGGGACAUGCACAGUCCUUGUCCACCUGGGUGAUAUUAAUGAUAACACACCAAAGCUGUCCAAGAAUGGAAUUGUUAUGUGUGGAAACAAGGAGAAGAUGAUCAUGGUGCCAGUCAAUGACAGUGAUGCUGAUCCUUUCUCUGGGCCAUUUGCCUUCUUCUUGUCAAGUGAUGAUACAAAACUGAAGGAGCUAUGGAAACUAGACCCUUCCGUUGGUAUGGAAGGUGGUCUUGUCAGCCUGAGGAUAUUAGCUUAUGGUAACUACUCAGUGCCCCUGGUGAUUCAGGACCAACAAGGUUCAGCUGGACGUGAAACUCUGGUUGUGAUAGUUUGUGACUGUGGACAAGGCCAACAGUGCCUUGGCAAAUGGCCACUGACAAAGCAAUUUGGCGCACCUGGAAUUGGACUGUUGUUUCUGGGAUUAUUAGCAUUUUUGCUACUUCUCUUACUUAUUGUGUGCCAGUGUGGAGGAAAGACAUUCAAGAGCCUCCCUCCAGCGCAGGAUGAGGGCAGCCAGACCCUCAUCAAAUACAACCAAGAAGGAGGAGGAUCUGCAUGCAAGGCUGACCCCGCUCUCCUCUUGUCGUCUAUCACCAACAAGAUGACAGUGAUAGACAGUGCCAAACCACAGCCAGCCACGAUGACUGAGGUCUCUCCCAUCACGAGCACAAACAUUGAAAUCUACAACAGGUCACGUCACAGUAUGGUAACAGGUCCUUGUAGGAACAGUUUGUCUUUUAUUCACAACCUUUGUAAAGGUCAUGGAAGUUCCCAUGUAAAAUGUCAAAUGAGCAACAACAUGGCCUGGGGCAGACAACAACUAACUGCGAGGGGCCAGGGAGGGCUGGGCAAGUAUUCUACAUGGAGUAAAGCAAGAUCGAACUCCUACUGGGCCAACACAUCCAGGACUACACGUUCCCUCAGUGUGCGGGGAAUUCAUGACAUUGGAGAUUACAUUGACAGGAGACUGUAUAUGAUUGAUGGAAAUGACGUCGAGCACCCCGUGUACCAACCCCAUAAGUAUGCUUAUGAAGGAGAGAGCAGCAAAUGCCCAUCACUCGACAAACUGUCGCUGAGCAACUUGGGAGAAGACCUGCAAUUCCUGAAUGACUUGGGGCCAAAGUUCAAGACUUUGGGAUCCAUCUGUAACCAGACAAUACAAAAUAAGAACAUACAGACUUAAAGUGUCUCAUUUUACUGGGAUGUUUAAUUCACAUACGUCAUCCCCAUUUGAUUUGUGAUUCUGGCUCUGUAAUUGCUGGAUUUUUUUUAAAGUUUUCAUUUUUUGGAUUUAAGCAUCUGACCCACGU